GGCGUGACGCGACCCCGCCUGGAUGACGUUCAAGCCGUGCUUUGACAUCAUCAAGAGGCGCCGGGAGCGGGUGCUGUCUGCGGCCGGCGCGAUGAGCGCGGAUGAUGAGCUGAGCCUGCUGGUCGUCGUCAUUGACACCAACCCGAUCUGGUGGGGGAAGAAGGCGCUAGGAGAGGCCGAGUUCACCCUGUCAAAAUGCAUUGAUGCAGUGAUGGUACUGGGAAAUUCACACUUAUUUAUGAAUCGUACCAACAGACUUGCUGUAAUAGCAAGUCACACGCAAGAAAGCCGUUUCUUAUACCCUGGAAAACGUUGGGCUUUUGCAGAUCUCUUUGGAGAUGGUGGUAGUCCCAUGGAAUCUAAUUGGUCUGGCAGCAAGGAUGGAAAAUAUGAAUUGUUAACAGCAGUAAAUGAUGCAAUUUCAGAAGAGAUUAAAGACCUCAUGACAAAAACUGACGUGAGGGGCCAGCAAACAGAAACUCUGUUAGCAGGAUCACUUGCUAAAGCACUGUGCUCUCAUGUAGUUAUCAACAAGAUGAGCAAAGAGGUAAAAGCCAAUCAAGAAAUGAAAUCAAGGAUUUUGGUCAUAAAAGCAGCAGAAGACAGUGCAUUGCAAUAUAUGAAUUUCAUGAAUGUGGUUUUUGCAGCACAGAAACAGAAUAUUUUAAUUGAUGCCUGUGUCUUGGACUCUGACUCAGGUCUUCUACAGCAGGCUUGUGACAUUACGGGUGGCAUAUAUUUGAAAGUGCCCCACAUGCCAUCGCUUCUGCAGUAUUUGUUGUGGGUAUUUCUUCCUGAUCAAGAGCAAAGAUCACAGCUUGUCCUUCCACCUCCCGUUCAUGUUGACUACAGAGCUGCAUGCUUCUGUCAUCGAAAUCUUAUUGAAAUUGGUUACGUGUGCUCUGUGUGCUUGUCAAUAUUCUGCAACUUCAGUCCUAUUUGUAGUACAUGCGAGACUGCUUUCAAAAUAUCGUUGCCACCUGUCAUGAAAGCUAAGAAGAAGAAAUUAAAGUUAGCUGCAUAACAACAUUAUGUAAAUACAUCAUUACCUCCUCCAGUAAUUCCAUGAAAUGGAGCAUACUUGAGAAAUUGAUGGCACUUUUUACUGGAUAUGGUAUUACUUGUUUCUUAAGGGAUAAAUAUUUAAAUCGUAUGUCUUCCAUGCAGCCCUUUAAGUAACAAACCACUGUAUUACCAUGUAACGUGUGCUGUUUUAAAUACUAAUUCUUAAUUGUGAGAGGAAAAAUAAGUUAUAGCCUGUUAAGAGACACACCCUGUGAAGUAGAAGGUAUUCUGGCUACUGCAAAGUUAUACACCUCCAACUUACUUUCAAAGAGAAGAAAGCUCAGAUUCUUUUUGUAUGUUGGUGUAAAGGUAAGAAUGACCAUUUUUAGUGUGUAGGAUCAGAACCUUAGCACUAUGUUAUUUAGGGGCUUCAACUUCUUGCUAGCUUUUGCUAGCAAUUUUUGGAUCAAGACAGUAUCAGUUUCAAAAUAAAUGAGCUAACAUUUUUAAGAUGGGUUAGAAAACACACCCUCCCCCCCUUUUUGGUUUUUUUUUUUUUUUGUUUUUGUUUUUUUUUUUUUUUUUGUUUUGUUUUGUUUUGUUUUUUUUUUUAAAUAUGUUAAUUGCCCUGCAUGUGCACUCAAAUGUAUAUGUGUUCAUAUUCCUUUGACUGUACUGUCUUUUUGGUAUUUCAUUCUCAACUGGAUAUGUCUUCAUUUAUGAAUAAAAAGGCUCCCCUUUAUAUAAAAUAACUUCAGUAAAUGCAGACUAUCUGUAUUUUGAAACUGGAAAACAAAAAGUGUAAUUCUAUGUAAUAUGACAGCAGGCAUACUUUUUUUCUUUUUGGUAUGUGGUUUUAGGUCUGGCAUUUGACACGAAUUAAGACUUUUGGAUUGGUGUAUUUAUAGCAGAGCAUGAGAGUAUGCUGGUUACUUCUGAACAUGGCUUUCACUUAAACAAACAAAUAAUCUUCCCCUUUUAAAAAGUAACUGUAGAGUAUGGUAUUUUAACCUCUUGUUAGUAACUGAUAUUCUCCUGAAAGGAAUACAGAGAGUAAUUGUUUCCUCCAUAGGGAAAAAAAAAAAAAAAAUCUUUUCCUAAGGUGUGUACAGGAAUUUAUGUCAUGUCUUGGUACUUGCAUCAGGGCUCUGCCAAUCUAACAGCUGUAGUAUCAGUCUUUUACUGGUUGGUUUGAUUGUCAAAAGGCAUUUUGUUUGAAGGCAGUAUUUAUGAUUUACUUUGUAUACAACGUUUGUAAUAAAACUUGUUCUUUUUCAA